GAGCUCCAGGUGGCCGCAGCAUUGCGGCUGAGCGGUGGCGACACGGAGCCGGGAGUUGGCGGCCAACCAGACGGCAGGAGGACCAUUGGCGGCCAGACAGAUUUCGUCAGCGGCAGUGCUACUGGUGUCCAGACAGAUAGUGUUGGCGGCACGUCAGUGGGCAGCCAGACAGGCGACGACGGUGGGGUAGCUGCAGGCAACCGGCCAGAGAAAUUCAGCGGCAUCCACACUAGUAGCCAGGCAGGAGGCGGGGCCACUGUCGCUGGCAGCCAGGCAGGAGGCGGGGCCACUGUCGCUGGCAGCCAGGCAGGAGGCGGGGCCACUGUCGCUGGCAGCCAGACAGGAGGCGGGGCUACUGCCACUGGCAGCCAGGCAGGGGGUGGGUCCACUGUCGCUAGCAGCCAGACAGGAGGUGGGGCCACUAUCACAGGCAGCCAGACAGGAGGCGGGGCCACUGUCGCUGGCAGCCAGACAGGAGGCAGGGCCACUGUCGCUGGCAGCCAGACAGGAGGCGGGGCCACUGUCGCUGGCAGCCAGACAGGAGGCGGGGCUACUGCCACUGGCAGCCAGACAGGGGGUGGGUCCACUGUCGCUAGCAGCCAGACAGGAGGCGGGGCCACUAUCACAGGCAGCCAGACAGGAGGUGGAGUCAGGACAUCAAGCGGGCAGCCAGGAGGUGGUGGCUCCAACCUGUAACCUUUCUUCCUGACCCUCGGCCCUGCCGCCCAGCCUUUCCUGCCCAAGUCUGAAACUCUGCAUGCAUCAUGACGGAACAGGCAGAGAAGGGAAUGAAGGAGGAUAAUGCCUUUGAAGCACUGGACCAUGAUGUUCAAGAGGUCCUUAAUGAGCUCAUGGGAGAGGAGGGACUUGAGAAAUUUCGUGUUGAAUAUGAAAAGCUGCAUCGGGCCCUCAAAAAAUCUCAUGAAAAUGAAAAACGUUUGAUGUCAAAGUGCAAGGAACUAAAUGCUGAGAUCGUUGCAAAUUCAGCUAAAAUGACAACUGCUCUUAAACUUUCACAAGAUGACCAGUCAACCAUAGAUUCCUUAAAACAGGAGAUUGAAAAAGCUUGGAAAAUGGUUGAUUCAGCUCUUGAACAGGAAAAACAAGGAAAAGAAACCAUCCGCUCCCUGAAGCAAGAAAUUAGUAACCUAACCAGGCUGGUGGAGCAAGGUGCUGGACUUACAUUGGGUCAAGAGAGCAGUGUGAAUGAUCUGCUGAAAAUCCAAGAGCAGCUAACAAAAGAGAGAGAUGAACUACUCAAGGAGGUUGUUACUUUACGUGAAAAGGUGGCAGAAAUGGCAACCCGUGAGCAGGAAUUGGAUCGUCUUAAAGCAGAGUCUGAUCAGAAUAUAGCACAGCUCCAGCAUGAUAUACAGAUGCGAGAGAAUGAGAUUGCCCGGGAGGUUCGACGGAAGGAGAAACUGUCUAAAGAACUGACACGCAUGAAGGGAGAAUUGGAUGAAAAUCAAGCUGAGAUCAAGUCAUUGAUGGCACUGCAGCAGAAGGGCAAAGAUGAACAUCAAAAAUUGGAUCUCCAGCUGAAGGAACAAAAGAUUUUGAAUGAAAGAGCGUCAAAGGAUUUGGAGUUACUUAACCAAAAAUUUCUCAAGCUGCAACAAGAAAAUGAACAACAAAUUAUGAUCACUGACCAGCUGACAGUUGAAAAUCAACAGAAGCUGAUGGACCUUAAAACAAAAGAAGAAGAUGUGGCUCAAUUGAAUCAAGAGGUUGUCAAGUUGACCAAGAUGAGGGAGGUUUUACAGCGAAAGUUGCAUCAAGUUGAGGACCAAAAACUGGAUCUUGACCAUCAGCGGGAAACACUGAAAAAUCUUACUGUUUCUCUGGAGAAAGAGCUGGAGUCUACCAAAAAACAGGUUGAGCUUGAUAAGAAAGCAGUUGAUGAGCUGGUUAGAGAACGAGACAUUUUGAAUAAGAACGUUUUGAAGGCAGUAGGUGCUACUGAGAAACAGAUGAACUUGGUCAAGCUUCAUGAACAGUCUAAAAAGGUCCUGGAUCAAGAAGUUCAAAACUAUAACCUUGAAGCACAGAAGCAGAGGAAAAUAAUUUUCCACCUGGAAAAGGAGAGGGAUCGAUACAUCAAUGAAGCCAGCAAUCUUACACAGAAGGUGCUUCAGUAUAUGGAAGAUAUUAAAGUUCUUGAGAUGCAGAAUUUUGACUUCAAGAAGAAAAUUUCAGAGGCUGAAAGUAAACUAAAACAGCAACAGAAUCUUUAUGAGGCUGUGCGGUGUGACAGAAACCUUUACAGCAAGAACUUAAUUGAAUCACAGGAUGAGAUAGCUGAAAUGAAACGAAAACUAAAGAUCAUGCACCAUCAUAUUGAUCAAUUGAAAGAUGAGAUAAGCUCAAAGGAGGCUGCACUUGUGAAACAACAGUUGGAGUAUCAGCACAUGGAGAAGGAGAAAGAUGCACUGAAGACUGAAGUGCAGAAGAUGAAGCAACAGGCACAAGACACCAGGAUUUUCAUUGAAAAUCAGGAAGUAGAAGAAAGAAAGCUUCUGAAGAUUAUUGAAGAGGCUGACACAGAGAGAACUCGUCAGAAAAAAGAGUUGGAUCAGGUCAUCAGUGAAAGAGAUAUUUUGGGGACUCAGCUUGUACGCCGCAAUGACGAGCUGGCUUUGCUAUAUGAAAAGAUCAAAAUUCAGCAGUCCAUGUUAAAUAAAGGAGAGAUACAGUACAGACAACGAGUGGAUGAUAUUCGGUUGCUCCGCGUGGAGAUAAAAAAAUUAAGACGGGAGAAAACCAUCCUAAACAAGAGCAUUUCUAAUCUGGAUGACCUCAGGCGAGAAGUCUACCAAGUACAGAAAGAACUUCUAAAGGAGCGGACGAGGUGCAGGGCCCUUGAGGAGGAGUUGGAAAAUCCAAUGAAUGUUCACAGAUGGCGAAAACUGGAGGCAAGUGAUCCAAGCAGAUAUGAGCUCAUUCUGAAGGUUCAGACAUUACAGAAGCGUCUGAUCUCAAAGACUGAAGAGGUGGUGGAGAAAGAGCUGCUUUUACAGGAGAAGGAGAAGCUUUAUGUGGAACUGAAACACAUUUUGGCACGACAACCUGGACCAGAGGCUGCUGAGCAGCUAAUGAUAUAUCAGAGGACACUGCGAGAUAAGACAAAACAAUUGAAGGCUUUGACUUCAGAGCUGAACAUGUUUGAAUCACAAAGUCAGGAGUAUAAGCACGAGAUUGAUCGUUUAGCCCAGGAACUGCAGAAUGUGAAAAAGAAGUACCACAAUCAGAAACGCAAGGAGCAGCUGGCUAGUGAGAAAGAAAGAGCCUUGGAACAAGAAGGGCAGCCCUUAAUCCAGCCUCAGAAAACCAACGCUACCCAGUUCACAGGAGGAGGUUUCAAUCUUAAGUACCAACCAAAGAUCACAGCUUAAAUGCUCAAUUUACUCAAUUUUUCAUCUACUCUUGACUUCUUCACAUCUUACGAGAUUUUUUUUUCCUUUCCUUAUUAUUUUAAAAAGUUCCACAGAGCCAGGAAAUAGCAAAGUGUGCCAAUAUGAGUUCCAUGUAACUUAAUUUUAUUCUGGCAUUUUAAAUAUCUCAGUUCAGCAAAAAUGAUGAACCACAUUAAAAUGUGUUUUAUGGAACAUUGAUUUUUGUUUCUUGAUUUUGUUAAAUUGAAUAUAAAAAUACCUGUGUUGCACUUCAAUGCAUUUUGAUGUCAGGGACACACAGAUAUGUAGUGAAAUAAAGACUGAUUUAUAAUCAAAAUGCUUUGUCACGGACCUUGUUAAACAACCACAUUGACAGUCUUGCACAGAUGUGGAAGAAAUAGGUUUGUUGAUUUUCUUUUUAAAAAAGCUUUAAACUGAAUAAGGUCUAACUUGGUGAAUAAAAGAGCCCUACAGAGAUUUCCUUAUCUCUUUCAGUGUUACAUUCACAAUCAAUAUCUGCCUCCCCAUCCCCAGCACCUGUGAUUCACAUUCGCUUGCCUAAAACUUAUCAGUUUUCUACAUCUGAGCAACUCAACUGUUGACUAGCACAGUGAGUCAAUGACUGUGAACUAGGGGAACUAUCAAACCAUAUCAGGUCUUUGGAUGAUCUCUACAAUUAAUAAUUUCUUAUCAAUGUCUAUUUCAGUCAUUUCAUUCUGUAUUCUUGAAUCUGUGAAAGAGAAAGGCCCCAUCUCUCUGUGCUCUUUUUCUUAGGGGUACAGACAAAUGCACAUUCUUUUAAAGGAAGAUUAGCUUUAUUUGUCACAUAUACAUCGAAACAUACAGUUAAAUGCAUUGUUUACAUCAUAUCAAAUCAGUGAGAAGUGUGCUGGGUAGCCUGCAAGCAUUGCCACACUUCCAGUGCUGACAUAGCAUGCCCACAACUUACUAACCCUAACCUGUACAUCUCUGGAAUUUGGGAAGGAAGCAGAGUACCCAGAGGAUACCUUCGGGGGUCAUAAGAAGAAUACACAAACUAAUGUACUUAGAGACAGCAGUGGGAAUUGAAUCUGAUCAUAGAGCUGACUGUAAGACAUUGUGCUAACCUCAAGUUACCACGUCACUCCAAUACAACUGUUGUCUACUGUAUAUUUAUGUCACGCAUGUACAUUUCUCCUCUGGUAUUCUAUCAACCAAGCCUGGUCAGUAUCCCUUCAAAAGCCACAUUACCCAUCCUUCUGCUGUAGAAAGUCUCUUGAUAGAGAGCUAAACAUACAAAAUAGAAUG